AUGUUGAAUGCCCACGUCUCCUGUGACCUUGCUUCAUGCAAGCGGCCGGAAAGGGGAGGAAGAGAGAAGACAGUGGCCAAGUCCUCCGGUGGAAAAUAUACCCUGGUUUUCCAGUUCAUCAACACCGACUACUUGAUCAUGAGGAACUUUGCUCUUGGCGGCAACUCGCCGUCGGGGUCAGCGCCAAGGAGAUUCAAGUUCAUGGGCGUACGCAAAGCUCUAGUUACCAAGUACAGAUGCGAAGAGGCUUUGAGGGUCGGUCACCGGAGGGGUCGGUCACCUUCCCCCGGUGGCACUUGGUUUGAGAGAUCACAUCCCGAGGGGUGGUGGAACUCCUAUUGGUAG